AUGGGAUCUGGCCGGAAAGACUUUGUGAGCACUGAUGUAAAGAAUCAUCACCUCCGCCGCCAUCAGAAUCAAAUCUACAAGUGCCCGCUCUGUGCAAACGAAUACAGUCACGCCUCCUCCUUCAAGCGCCAUGUUGAGCGAGACCACGAUCAGACCCCCCUCGACCUCUCCUCUCUGCAACAAUACACCCACACCGUUACCGACGCCCCCGGCCACAGCGGUGCCCCCCACCCCAUGCUUCACACGCAAUACCAGCAUGGCGACCGCCUCAAUGAGCAACAACACCUCGUAUCGCCGACCUCCUCCAUCGGCAGCGGGCCCACCAUUCCAACCUCCCACGCCACCGCCCCGCCCCAGCUGCCCUUGCCUUCAGACUCCCACCGGCCUUUCCAGCCUCUGCAGCCCUUGCACGAAGCCUUCCACCCGCAACUGCAGCUAGACCCCCAGAUCAGCGCGGCCUCGCAUCCUUCCCCUCUGGCUCCCCCGACCCACCCCUUCGCUUCCCUGAUGCAUGCCAGCCAGCCCUCGCUGACUGAGCUGGUGGCGCUCUUACUGCAACAGAGCAACAACGCGGCAGCCGGCAACACCAUCAUUCCCCGGCCCAUGGCCACACAGGCUGUACCAGCUGCCCCGACGUACCCCGCGGGCCCUGGCCUCGGUUCGGAAGCAACCCAGACUCAACACCAGGCCGCUACCCCCUCGUCCUCGGGUCCCACUUCCCUGCCGCCUCUACAUCACCAACUCAGCCUCGAUCUGCUCGUUUCCAUGCUGAUGCACGGCACCGAGCGGCUGACUCAACCCGAACCCACCUACCCUUACUGA